UGCCUUCAUCCUCAUCAGGAGAAUCCUUAUUAAUUGAAGCUAAUCAAACAAACGCACAAAGCUUUUUGGAGAAUAAUCAAACAAGAGCAGUUUCAUCAUCUAGUAGAUCUGUUGAUGUUGGUGCCUUGAAGGCCUUCGUGGAUGGAAAGUAUGCUCACACCAAGGAGAAAAUUAGAGAAAACACUUUAAAGAAGGAUUUUAAACAUAUCUUUGAUUAUGAUACUUUGCAUUAUCAAGAAGCCCGUAAAGUUUUGAUGGGUUGGGCUAAACUUCAUACUGAAGAACUUCCAUUCGAUUUGUUGGAUAUUCUUAGAAAUGAUUAUGGUAAAUUUGUUGCAUUCUUUGAACAAUUGGGUCAUUUCAAUACAUCUUUGGUUGUCAAGAUGGCUGUACAAUUCUCCUUGUUUUCUGGUACUUUGGCAAACUUGGGAACUGACAGACAUCACGACCUCGUCAGACAAGCUCAAACACUCCAAGUUUUGGGAUGCUUUGGUAUGACUGAAAAGGGACACGGUUCAAAUGUUCGUGGUAUUGAAACUACUGCCACUUAUGAUCCAAAGACUCAACAAUUCAUUGUCAAUACACCAAAUCCUAAGGCCAUGAAGACUUGGAUUGGUGGUGCUCAAUAUUGUCACUUUUCUGUAGUGUUUGCUCACUUGAUUAUUGGAGGAGAAAAUAAGGGUGUUCAUGUCUUUUUGGUUCCAAUGCGUGACAGAAAUACUCAAAAACUUUUACCAGGUGUUUAUGUGGAAGAUGUUGAAUACAAAUUGGGAUUGAAUGGUAUUGACAAUUAUUCAUUCGGAUUCAAUAAUGUUCGUAUUCCACGUACUAAUCUCCUCAACAGAUAUUCAGAUGUCACCCCAGAAGGUAAAUAUGUCUGUAAAUUCAAGACUGAAUCCCAACACUUUGGUGCUACUGUAGGUGAAUUGAGUGGUGGUAGAAUUGUUAUUGGUGCUAUCGGUAAUGCUGCUGCCAAGUCUUGUCUCGCUAUUGCCAUCAAGUAUGCUUUUGCUAGAAAGCAAUUUGGUCCACCAGGCAAGUCUGAAAUUUCAAUCAUGGAAUAUCCAUCUCACUACACUAGAUUAAUGCCUCUUCUUGCCAGAACUUUUGCUAUUGCCUCUGGUUUGGCUUAUGUUCGUGACCAAUAUCGUCACAAGCACAAGAAUGCUGAAGCUAAUGCUUAUGGUCACUGUUUGACCUCAGCUAUUAAAUCAGCUGCAAGCUUCCACACUCUUCACACUGCUGAUAUCUGUAGACAAGCUUGUGGUGGUGCUGGUUUCCGUGCUCCAAAUUUAAUUUCUGGAUUCUUGAGAGAUACUCACAUCUUUGUCACUUUCGAAGGUGAUAACCAAGUUUUACUCCAACAAGUUGCCAAAUAUCUCAUUGCUCAAUAUGCUCAAGGUUGCAAGCAAGGUGGGUUCAAGGGUACUGUUUUCGAAUACUAUAAGAAUGGUAAGGUUGAAUUCGAUGGUAAGGAAGAUUUGACUUGUCCAAGAUAUCAAUUAUACUUGUUCAGAAACAGAGAAGUCAAGAUGACUGAAGAAUUGAUUAAGAGACUCAGAGAUAGAGAAAAUAGAGGUGAAGACCAAUGGGAAUCAUUCAAGAAUGAAAUUGUUUUUGCCAAUGAACUCGGUUUGGCAUUUGCUGAUAGAUUAUUACAUGAACAAUUGCUUAAGGAUUCACAACUCUGUGCCUUCUCCAUUUCUGGUACUCUCAGUCUUUUGAGUAAGCUCAAUGGUUUAGCUCAACUUCAAAAGUCAUUGGCUUGGUUCGUCACUAAUGAUGUCUUGUGUAAGAAUCUUGCCAAACAAGUUGAUUCUUUGGUCGUUUCUUUAUCUAAGGAAGUUAGCAAGAUCUCUUUGGAUUUGGUUGAAUCAUUUGAUAUUCCAUCCAAUAUUCUCCCACCAAGAGCUGACUUGUCUGAUUACUCUUGUGAUACUCCACAACUCUAA